GGAAUUCUGUCAGUCUUGUCUUUUUCAUUCCCUAAAUGUUGCUGAAUGAACUAUGACCAUGUCUCUUCGUAGAUUUAAUAGUAAGUCAUCUGUUAAGUGCUCCUAUCCCGGUACUUUAUAUGUGUCACCCCGUUCUAUUCUUACAACAGCCAUCUGAGAGUGGUGGUAACACUCUGUUUUUCUGAUAAACGUUUAGGUUCCAAGAAGUGAGUUCCAUCACGCUCAUAUGGCUGGCUUACGUUGGAGCAGGAAUUGAACCCAGAUGAAUCCAAUACUUUGUCCUGCCAUGGUGCUGUUUUGAUGAUUUCAAGAACAGAGGUUUGGAGCCCACACUGCUGUUUCUUUUGUCUUUGACAAAUUAUCACGGAAAGAACAGCUUUUCCAUCUCUGUGUAGAUGACCAUGCAGCCUGCAAUCCAAGUGUGGUUUGGGGAAGAUCUCCCUCUAAGCCCCAGGUGCCCGCUGACACCCAGACAUGGCCCAGGGCUGGCUGAUGUUUGUCAGUAUGACGAGUGGAUAGCCGUGCGCCAUGAAGCCACUCUGUUGCCCAUGCAGGAAGACCUCUCUCUGUGGCUAUCUGGCUUACUCGGUGUUGACAUUAAGGCAGAAAGGCUGCUGGGAGAACUUGAUAACGGAGUGCUGCUGUGCCAGCUAAUCAACGUUCUUCAAGACAUGGUGAAAGCUUGCCACUCUGAGGAACCAGGGAAUUUUCCAAUGAGAAAAGUGCCUUGUAAGAAAGAUGCUGCAUCGGGUUCAUUCUUUGCCAGAGACAACACUGCAAACUUUCUUCACUGGUGCCGGCACAUCGGGGUUGAUGAAACUUACCUCUUUGAAUCCGAAGGCCUAGUUUUACAUAAAGACCCCAGGCAGGUGUACCUUUGUCUUCUUGAGAUUGGGCGAAUUGUGUCAAGAUAUGGAGUUGAGCCACCAGUGUUAGUGAAACUCGAGAAGGAGAUCGAGUUGGAGGAGACCUUGCUCAACACCUCGGGGCCGGAAGAGUCCUUCAACAUCCCCAAGUCCUGCUGCGAGCAUGAGAAACUACACGAGGCUGUCAGGCACAUUGCUGAGGACCCACCUUGUAGCUGUUCUCAUCGGUUUUCUAUUGAAUACUUAUCGGAAGGACGGUACCGGCUAGGCGAGAAAAUCCUCUUUAUAAGGAUGCUUCAUGGGAAACACGUAAUGGUCCGUGUUGGUGGAGGCUGGGAUACCCUGCAAGGAUUUUUGCUGAAGUAUGACCCCUGUCGAAUACUGCAGUUUGCUACACUAGAACAAAAAAUUUUAGCAUUUCAAAAAGGAGUUUCUAAUGAAAGUGUGCCAGAUGCGCCUGCCAGGACGCCUCAGCCUCCAGAAAUGAACCCUUUGUCAGCAGUUAGCAUGUUUCAGAAACAAAAUUUAAAGCCUGGCACGCCGGUGAGUGUUCCAAAGAGCAAGGAGAAGCAGGCGCGGCCACCAGGUGUGUUGCCACCUGCAACAUCAGGAAAAGGUAAUCUAAUGUCGCUGUCCUGUGCCCGUUCUAAACUUCCGGAUUCUCCAACAUCGGUUUCCCAUCCCAAGGUUGCAUCUUUGAAGGGCGCAGCAAAAAAGCCGCACGCUCCCCACAACAGUGUUUCCUCUUCCCCGGCAUCUCUAAACCCAGCGGGUAAAAUGAGCGCUGCGCAGUGUGCGUCAGGGUCGGUGAGAAGCUGCGUCACGUUCCCCAAGACUGCCAAGGCCAAGGGCGUUCCAGCCCAGAAGCCAAGAGAUCUGUCUAAGUCUAGGCUCUUGCCAAGUAAGUCUUCUGGGAAAACCGAACCAAAGCACCUGAAACACAAUCAUCUUCCUUCUAGGGAUGAGUCACCUACAAAUUUAUCAUCAAAGGGCCCGAAGCUGCCGAAAGGAACCAUGCAUGGCAGGCCUACCCCUCCCGCUUUCCAGUCCUCCGCAAAAGUGACAAAACCCAGCGCUAAAAGCAGAGCCAUGGGCCUAGGGACGCAGUCACAGCCACCUGAGCGAACUCUAAAAUCAAGGGCAGACCCAGCCCAAAGACUUCCGUCUACCUUGAAUUUAAAUCAUGCCACUUCCGGCUGUUCAGUGCCCUCUGCAAGGGCUGCUCAGGAACCAGAAGGUAAGAACGCGGUUGCUGUUGCCAAAAAACAACCUCACAGUAAGGGUACCGGCCGGAUGCCGGGACCUGGCCCUUCCAAGUCUCCUGGCCGUACCCCACUGUCCAUUGUGACUGUUCCCCAAUCUGCUGCCAAGACAGAGACCGUCUCCAAGUCUGCCAUGAAGAGCCAGCACUCAGCUAAGGGGCCUCCCAAAAGCGGCAGGUCACCGGCUCCUGCCAGGAAACCUCCCUCCUCUGCUAAGGGAGCAGACGGUGGAGCUGAAAAGCCUACUGCAAAGAAAAAAGACGACGGUGACCAUUAUUUUGUUAUGACUGGAAGUAAGAAGCUUAGAAAAUAACCGCAUUUGUAUCGCUGUAAUAAAUCAGGGUGGCCAAGCAGAACUGGGAGCCAAAAGGGUCACAAAA